AUGACACGGUUUCAUAAAGAUUUUCACUUGAGCAAAUCUUUGAGUUGGUUGCUCAGGCACGGAGCAUGCGAAGAAGGCUUCGAGCUGAGUCCAGAAGGAUAUUUAGAAGUUUGUAAGAUACUACAGCACCCAUUGUUCCAGUCCAGGUAUCAACUUUCAGACGUAGUAAGGGUAGUUAGACAAGAUGCUAAGCAACGGUUCAACUUGAGACAAAGCCCCUCCACUGGUAACUUAGAGAUCAAAGCCAACCAGGGACACAGUAUCCCAACUGUGUCUGAUGACGGACUCACACCUAUUCUCACGCCUAAAUACAGUACAGUGGUCCACGGUACCUACUACAAAUGGUGGUCAUCAAUAGAACGUGACGGCCUGAAUCGUAUGUCCCGAAACCACAUACACUUCGCCAAAGGGACAUUGGAUGACCCCAAAGUCAUCAGCGGUCUGCGAGAGAGUGCAGAAAUACUUAUAUACAUAAACCUGCCCAAAGCAUUGGCCGAUGGCUACAAGUUCUUCGAGUCUGAGAAUGGUGUUAUUUUAACCAGCGGCAACCAUAGAGGAUUUUUGAAACCAGAGUAUUUUUUGAGGGCAGUUUGUUUAAAAACAGGAAGGAUACUAUAUCCCUGA